GAUGCCCAGCUCUGCCUGCGAAGCAGGAGGUAUAAAUAGGAGGCCGAGGGCUGGAGGAGGCAGCCCGGGAGCAAGCCGAGAGCCGAAGGGAGUAGGAAAGACUCAUUAGUGCAAGCAAGCGGCAGAGCCGGGUGCAGCCUCAGCCUGGAGCCAGCGGGUCCCCCACCAUGCGCCGCAGCGGCCCGCUUUAGCUACUCCAUGGAGUCGGGCAACUUCUACGAGGCGGACUCGCGGCCCCCCCAGAGCAGCGCCCUCCAGCCGCACGCCCUGCAGCCAGCGCAGCAGCAGCAGCAGCGCCACCAGCCCGCUUCUCCCGCCGGGGCGCACCCGCACCUGCCCUCCGCCGGCGCCUACGGCUACCUGGCCUCGGAGCUGCCUGACAUCUGCGAGCACGAGAACUCCAUCGACCUGAGCGCCUACAUCGACCCGAGCGCCUUCAACGACGAGUUCCUGGCCGACCUCUUCCAGCACAACAAGCAGGAACGCGCCGCUAAGACCGGCCUGGAGUACGGCGUCGGAUCCGGGAUGCCGGGCGUCGGCUUCCCGCAAGGCGGCCCGCUCUACGGCUACGCGGACAAGCUGGAGGCCGGCGCGGCCUACGAGCGCCUGGCCGGUGGACCGCCGCUGCCCGGCCUGCGCCCGCUGCUCAUCAAGCAGGAACCCCACGAGGACGACGAGGCGGCGGCCCUGGCCGCCCUCUACCCGCCGCCGGCCGGGCCCAACUGCAGCCACCUCCAGUACCAGGUCGCGCACUGCGCUCAGACGACGGUGCAUCUGCAGCCCGGCGGGCAGCCCACACCGCCCCCCACGCCUGCGCCGAGCCCCCACGGCGGAGCCCACCACCCUCACCACGCGCAGCACCCGCACCACGCGCACCGGCUCCACGCGGCGGGCGGCGGGGCCGCGUCGUCGGGCAAGUCCAAGAAGCUGCUGGACAAGAGCAGCAGCGAAUACCGCGUGCGCCGCGAGCGCAACAACAUUGCCGUGCGCAAGAGCCGCGACAAAGCCAAGCAGCGCAACGCUGAGACGCAGCAGAAGGUGCUGGAGCUGAGCAACGAUAACGAGCGGCUCCGCAAGCGCGUCGAGCAGCUCAGCCGAGAGCUGGAGACCCUGCGCGGCAUCUUCCGACAGCUGCCCGAGAGCUCGCUCGUCAAAGCCAUGGGCAGCUGCGCCUGAGCGCGCGCCCCAACAGAGCCGGACUCCGACCCGCGCCGCCGCCGAGAAGGGCUGCUCGCUAGUGCGCUCUCCACUCUUCUCUCUCUCUCUGUUUCUUGCCAGCAGCAAGGGCUCUGAAGCGCUCGCCCGGGGAAGCUGCGGCGCGCAGACUAUGGUGGGAGCCCUUCUUGCCCGCAAGUAGGUGCCGGGGCGCACAUCGGGGGCGCGUGAGAAAAUCAACCCCUUGCCUACGUUGGGGCUAAAAUAAAAAAAAAAUCCUCAGUCUGGCCCCAUUUGCAGGGUGCAGAGCCAAAUGCGCAGGACUUUUGUGCCUUAGACGGGGAGGCGGCCCCCAACAACAGCCUGGUAGGGUCUUUCUCCUGAAAUCUGAACUCUUCCCAGGACUUGCCAGGUGGUAUUUUGAAAUCGGGUGCGCCCCCCCCCCCGCCCCGGAAUGUCAGUGCCUGGCAGAUCCUGGGCUGCCUGGUUCGAACUCUGCGAUCUCUCAAGCUUCCAGAAAUCGGACUGGAGCGAGUUUGUGGCGGAAUGGAAGGAGCAGAGACGUUUUCCUGAUGCGCCUGUUGAUGCUUUGGGGGUUGGGGAGUCUCUAGGGGUGAGGAGGAAAGCAGUGUGCAAUGGGGGAUUCUGCUGCUACUUUUCAAAAAGAAUUCCCCCUCCACCUCUACCUUAACAAGGCUGAGAGGCAGGUUGGGGAAAGGAGAGGGGGGCAUGAUUUCUCUCCAUUACCACGUUGUUCAACCCCACCCUGGACUGAAAUUCGGGACUCAAAGGGAAACGGUCACCCCAGAAGGCAGCUUUGGGAUGGGAGGGGUCUUUCCUACCCAAGCGAAGAGCAGCAUUUUUGGCCUGCGCUGUAUGCUAAUGGUGGCAAAACCCCAAACUGAAGGACCUCUGGAUGCGGGUAUUGACUGAUCUAACCCUCCAAGUUCUCUCCCUCCUUUCCUUUAUCCCGCCUGUGCCUUCUGUACUGUGAAAGCCAAGAAGGGGUCCCCUUGGUGUCUGCUGACCCUUCUUUUUAUUAAUGUUAUUAUUAUUAUUUUGUAUUUUAUUGCUUUGAUCCUUGCCAUCUCACCAGCUGGAACUAGUGGUGUCCUGUCUCUUAGAAAAGAAAAAGUAAUAAUCCUGCUGGCUUCCUUGACGGUGAAAGCCAACUUUGGAGUUGCUUCUGUAAUUCCAGCAAGUGUGACCUGCCUGGGAUUCCCACCUGAAGGCAGGCAGAGAGAGAGAGUCUCAUAGGCUUGUUGUUGACUUGGAGGUGCAGAGGUGGGGCUCUGGGGUCCCAGCUGCACCGAAUUCUGUCUGUGCCAAGUUUCCAUUCUUUGGAGAGUGAAGGGGAGGCAGUUCUGUUUUGUCUGUGCCCCCCACUUAGGACCCCAAGUCCCAGCAAGCACUUUUGGCCAGCUGGUGCUUCUCCUCCAAAGAAACAGCACUGAAUUUUUACCUAAGUGCCAAUUCUGAAUCCUCUUACGGUAGUACCAGGUAGUAAAAAUGUUAAAGAGUUUGUCUUCUUUUAAGUGUGAAUACCUGGAAAUCAAUGUGUUUUUAUAUAUGGUGUAUUUUUGGAGCUAAACAAAGAUCCAGGACUUUAAAUAUCCUGGUUUUAAAAGUCAUAAAUAAAAUGUAAAAUAUUCUGCCAUAACCCUUUUUGUCUGCGUGGCUUCUAUUAUUUUGGGACUGCAUGUGAGCAAAGGGGUUUCACAUGACUGUUUCUUAACUGACUGUCAAAAGCAUGUAAUACCAUAUUAUUUUAUCUGUAUGCUAUAUUAGGGAGGGGAUGGGAUUGGACAAAAAAAAUGCUCUUGGACAAAAUCUUGUGUAUUCUUACUUCAGAAUAAAUCCCAUGGCACUCAGUGUAGCUUACUCCUAAGUAGGCAUGCCUAGGGUUGUACUGUUAAGGAUCCAUGCCCCUGCAUGCUUGCAUGGGAGUAAGCUUUACUGAACAUAGUUGGACUUUCUGAAUGCGCUUUGGUUUUGGGCUGCAGAUGUGCUGGUAGAAGAGGCUUGCACCUGUUCAACAGGAUCCAGCUUUGAUUAGAAGGUGCCUUUUUAAAUGAGAUUUUAACUUGCAUCUAAUGAAUUGAGCCAAAUAGUGUUUCAGGCCGCAGAGGCAGGGAUGCAGGUAAUCCAGUGAUAAUGCUUUGUAGAAGGUAACACAGACAUGGUAAACUUUCUUUUUAACCAUUUCACCAUACAUUUUGAACACACUUUAAAUGUAAAAUAUUAAAUUAUAUUUUACAGAAUUAUUUCUCCCCAACACCACCUCUGUUUUGGCUGUCACUCUUAUGGGAAAUUUUUUACUUUAGUCGUGUAAAUGAAGUUGAGGGUGGGUGCUCCCCCCUUUUUUUACUGCAUCUGGCAGUAUGAUAAGGUCAGCCUAUUUAUUUUAAAAAUAAUAUUUUGAGGGAGGGGAGGAGGAUGGUUAGAACCAGAUUUCUUUUGCUCAGUUGUUUAGCAUGGCACCCAUUUCUUCUGAGUAAGCAUGCUAGUACUGGAACUUUAACCUGGGCUGUUGGUGUUUCUCAAAAGGUUUAUUAUCAAAAGGGGAGAGACUGCACAGGUACAACAUCAUCGUCGUCAUCAUCAUGGUGAUAAUGAUGUUGGGAAUCAGAGCAGACUUGCAAACAGCCACUUGGCUGUGGUGGGGAUUCCCUCCAGGAGACCAAGAAAGGACCCCCAGCAAGUGUCAUUUCUCCGAGGCUACACAGAGUUGUGUGGGCAGGGCUCCCUCAGCAAAAAUAAUUUGUGCGCUCAUAACUUUCUAUGAUAGAGACUGGAGCCAUAGCAGCCAAGAUCUGUGGCCAGGUUAUUAUGUGGGAGGCUUUGAGUUUGCUUGGAGGAGUGGCACUGGGGAGGCAGUGCUGGAUUUAGGGCAGUGCGGGCGGUUCCCUCACACAGGGCACAGAACCGAGGGGGGUGCAAAAUUUUAAAAUCAACUUAUACCAAAAGGAGUUAUUGUGAAAAUAAGAAAUAUUUAGGGGGUGUGUGUGCCAAUUUUUGACCUUGCUCGGGUCGCCAUAUUGCCAAAGUCCAUCAUGGUGGAGGGGAGGGAGAGUCUUUUUGCCACGUGUCCUUUCCCUGCUCUAAAUCAACCCUCCAUGAUGCCUAAAAAAGCUGUUAUCGGCACCGUAGCAAAAGCUUACUUGGGCCUUUGGGACAGGGUGUGUUUGAUGAGUGCUACAAGCUCUUUCUUAGUGCUGCUUAUCCAAUUGUGCUCUGAGCCCACUGCAGCUUUUAGGUAAAAAUGAAAAAUUUCUCGAGACCUGAAUGCACUGUAUCUCUUUUUCUGUUCUCUUUUGCAAGGUGGGAGUUAAAUGCAGAGAAGUGAGUUUAGCUACCUUUACUGGGAUCUGCACCCAAAAUCUUUCAGAUUACCCGUCACUGUUCCUUCCUGGUUUAGUGGCUUAUUUGAGCAACUCUGUCCGUUUCCUGCAUCAUUAGGCUGCGUUCUCCUAACCACUGGCUCCUCAGCAAAAAGAGAGAGCAAAAAAUGCCACUAGCAGAGAGAUCAGCCUCUGUCCCUAAACUGUCUUUCUCCUUAUAUUCCUGAAUCUCUCUGCUGUUCUCCCCAGCAUAAGGCAGUACUGUACUCUGAAGCUGAUCACAUUUCGCUGCCUUUUGGUGGCUCAGAUCUCUGUGCUUCACUUGCCCACUGCAAAGAGAGAGCUGGGCCUGCAAACGAGCUGCAAAUAAAUUCAUUUGUGAAGCUCUGUGGCACUUCUAGAUUGCCAGGAGGGUUUGCUUAGUCAUGCAGUUCCCAAGCAGUGUAUUUUGGGACGGGGGACGGGGGCACCAAAGUCAACACCACCACCAUCAUAUUGAGAAGGUCAUUAUGUUGCACUGACCCCUCCCUCUUUACCAGUAUAGGGGGAGCAGCUACAAGAGAAGGGAUAGCAAAUGGCACUGGAACUUGCUCAUACUGCACAUGAUAUAGCUCCAUCCCUGACUUGGCUAUCCUACAACUGAUGGGGGUGGGUGGGGGUGAUGGCCCAGUGUCCUGGGAGCUGCUUGAGAAGAUCUGGCAUAAACUAAUGGCAAAUCAAAUCUCUGGGUACUGGUCCUUAUGAAGCUGGAAUGGCACCAUCCAGGCAACAGAGGGGAGGUCUCAGUAGGUUCCCAAGGUUUGAAAAAGUACAACAAAAAUGGAGGAGAAAGAAACUAAGAGGGCUGAGACUCUCCAAAAUAGGAUUGGUUGUGCACGACAACCACAAAAUGCUCAGUGUCUAUUGGGAGCAAAAACCGAGUGGGUGGUGGAGGGAAUGGAAUGGAGUCCUCUUAGGAAGGGCCUGGUGGCUGGCUGGUAAGCAGCCUGCACAUGAGCACCCCACCCUGCAAGCGUAUUGUUGUGGGUCCCAUCUGUACACAUCUCAUUGAGUACAGAGUGCAAUGUACCUUGAGGUUUAAUAUAGGAACAAGGGUUGCUCCUGGGCAAUCAAAAGUUUGGAAAACAUUCCUUGAGAUGUUUGUGGCUGCUGUUAAUGGUUUGACUUCGCUGGCUGCUUUGGAAAGGGCAGAGAGGAGAGAGUGAAAGGAGUCAUGUGAAGAGUCUUGCUAUCUACCUUGAAGGAAGGACAAGUGUGCUCUCUCUCUCCCCCCCCCCAUCCUCAUCUGGGCAACCUGAAAAUGCCCUUUAAUGAGGAAGAGCAGAAGUCAGAAAGGGCAGCUUUGCUACGGUAGCUGAUCCUUGGGUUCUGUGUGUGCAGAGCAGCAUUUGGAGAACAAAGGACUUAAUCCCUGGCUCUGGCCAGGGCUGAUGGGAGUUGUAGUCCAUAACACCUGGAGGCACCAGGCUGAACAAGACUGAAUUUGAGCUAAACACUUAAAAAAUAUACAUUUUUAAAACUAUGUCUAUAAUAAAAGAACAUGAGCUCAAGUAGUACAAGUGUACAUGAUCUUUACAUAAGAGGGAAUAAUGUAUAAUGCUGAACACUGUUCUGGCAGUCUAGUAUUUUAAAGGACUAUAAAUGAAAUACAUAUUUCAGUAAUCUGUUUGGCUAUGAAUUGUCCCUCCUCGAUGCCUGAUGAAUAUGCCACUUUGGUUCAGAAGGCCACUUUCUAAAUACUUUCACACAAUCAUCUACUGGCAGAGUUAAUGGAGAUUCCCAGUACAAAACAAUUACGGUAAUUAUUUUGUAGCUAAUAAAUCUAAGCACCUAUGGAUCAUCACACGCAGUAGUCAAUAAAUCUUUCCCAAAAUAUUUUUUGAUUGAGUGGGAUUAUGUAGUUUGUAGUUUCUUCUAGUAUUCCUACAUUUUGCAUCUAAUAAGGACAAGGACACAGGUAACAACCUUAGCCAGACCAAUUACUUCACUUGCCUCAGUAUUGUCCAUAUCAGUCUUCCCAAGUGUGUGCUUUCCAGGUGUAUUUAGGGCUACAUUGUAGUGCAGAAAUCUUAAAAGGCACCAGGUUAAGGAAAGCUAGUCUAUGCUCGCAGGCAGAAGCUUCUCCAGACUUUCAGACUGGGGACUUUAAAAGUGCUUGAUUUUUGCUAGAUUAUGUGCUGGAUUUCCUAGUUGAUGUCUGUACACACAAUUUUUAA